CCGGAAGGGUGGGUGCUCCUGGCCGGGAAGAAAGGGAAGCCUGGUGGCGGGAAGUUGGAGACUGGGGAAAGCGAAAGAAAUUUGGAACUGCAGUUCAAUUUUAGAAUGGCAUCUGUUUCAGCUUUGACUGAGGAACUGGAGGCUGUAACCAGUGAGCUACAUGCAGUGGAUAUUCAAAUUCAAGAGCUUCUGGAAAGACAGCAAGAGCUUAUUCAGAAGAAAACCCUCCUGGCAAAUAGAAUAAAGCAAUGUUUAGAUGAUUCGGAUGCUGGGGAAAGCAACGAAUGUGAUUCUUCACCUGCGGCUUGGAAUAAAGAAGAUUUUACAUGGUCUAGCAAAAUUAAAGAGGUUCUACAAAAUGUCUUUAAAUUGCAAAAGUUCAGACUCCUUCAGCUUGAAACUAUUAAUGUAACCAUGUCUGGGAAGGACAUGUUUCUUGUGAUGCCCACAGGAGGUGGAAAGAGCUUGUGCUACCAGUUGCCAGCAUUGUGUUCAGACGGUUUUACACUUGUGAUUUGCCCAUUGAUCUCUCUUAUGGAAGACCAAUUAAUGGUUUUAAAACAAUUAGGAAUUUCAGCCACCAUGUUAAAUGCUUCCAGUUCUAAGGAGCAUGUGAAAUGGGUUCAUGCAGAAAUGGUAAAUAAAAACUCCAAGCUCAAGCUAAUUUAUGUGACUCCAGAAAAAAUUGCAAAAAGCAAAAUGUUUAUGUCAAGAUUGGAGAAAGCCUAUGAAGCAAAGAGGUUAACCCGAAUUGCUGUGGAUGAAGUUCACUGCUGCAGUCAGUGGGGACAUGAUUUUAGACCUGAUUAUAAGGCCCUUGGGAUCUUAAAGCGGCAGUUCCCCAACACAUCGUUAAUUGGACUGACAGCAACCGCAACAAAUCAUGUUCUCAAGGAUGCUCAGAAAAUACUGUGUGUUGGAAAGUGUUUGACUUUCACAGCUUCUUUUAAUCGGCCAAAUCUUUUUUAUGAGGUUCGGCAGAAGCCCUCGAACACAGAAGACUUUAUUGAAGAUAUUGUAAAACUCAUCAAUGGGAGAUACAAAGGGCAAUCAGGAAUCAUAUACUGUUUUUCUCAGAAAGAUUCUGAGCAAGUUACAAUUAGUUUACAGAAACUGGGAAUUCGUGCAGGUGCGUAUCAUGCCAAUAUGGAACCGGAAGAUAAGACCAAAGUUCACAGAAAAUGGUCUGCCAAUGAAAUUCAGGUAGUAGUGGCAACGGUGGCAUUUGGUAUGGGAAUUGAUAAACCAGAUGUGAGAUUUGUCAUUCAUCAUUCAAUGAGUAAAUCUAUGGAAAAUUAUUACCAGGAGAGUGGACGUGCAGGUCGAGAUGAUAUGAAAGCAGACUGUAUUUUAUAUUAUGGCUUUGGUGAUAUAUUCAGAAUAAGCUCAAUGGUGGUGAUGGAAAAUGUAGGCCAACAGAAGCUUUACGAGAUGGUGUCAUACUGCCAGAAUAUGAGCAAAUGUCGGCGUGUAUUGAUAGCUCAGCAUUUUGAUGAAGUGUGGGACUCUGCAGAGUGUAACAAAAUGUGUGAUAACUGCUGUAAAGACAUUGCACUUGAAAGAAAGAAUGUAACAGAACAUUGCAGAGACCUAAUCAAGAUCCUGAAGCAAGCAGAGGAACUGAAUGAAAAACUCACCCCACUGAAAUUGAUGGAUUCCUGGCUGGGGAAGGGGGCAGCGAAACUGCGAGUAGCAGGCCUGGCUCCUCCCACACUUCCUCGGGAAGACCUGGAGAAAAUGAUCGCGCAUUUUCUUCUACAGCAGUAUCUUAAAGAAGACUACAGUUUUACAGCUUAUGCCACCAUUUCAUAUUUGAAAAUAGGACCUAAAGCUCAUCUUCUGAAUGGUGAGGCACAUGUUAUCACCAUGCAAGUGAAGAAGCCCAAACAGAGCUGUUUCCAGACUGAAUCCUCUCAAACUUGUCAUUCCGAAGGAGCUGAUAAGAAAGAAGGAAAAGGUCUAGGUAACUUCCAGAAGCCUGCAAACAGACUUCAAUCUGAUUCUAAGAAAACAGGAGCUAAGAAGAGAAAACUUGAUGUUUGAGAUAUUUUAUACA